AUGGGGAGAGACAGCCGGACGGGACGGACGCCAGUCGAAAGAGGGACGUUCGCUCCUCUGCUGGACACCACAGGAGUGAAGACACCAGUGACAGUAGGGAGGACGAGGCAGCAGAUGACGAGCCAAUCACUGCAGGGGCUGAGGGCCGAGACCACACCCACAUCAGGAAGUUCCUUAGCCAGCAUCACAAGAAGUUACCAUGGAAACCUGAGUAUAAGGGCCAGGCCAACCUUCAUGUGUUUGAGGACUGGUGCGGUUCCUCUAUAGCCCAGCUCAGAAAAAACCUGCACUUCCCCCUCUAUCCUCACACAAGAACAACAGUGAAGAAGCUCGCGGUGGCUCCAAAGUGGAAGAACUAUGGCCUGAGAAUAUUUGGUUACCUUCAUUCUUACAGAGACGGUGAUUUCCAGUUCUCCGUAUCAUCUGAUGAUAACUCUGAGUUCUGGUUGAGCCCCGAUGAGAGUCCUCUCAACGCCAGACUGCUGGUUUAUGUGGGACAGCUGGGUACAGAAUGGACCGCUCCGGGGGAAUUUACCAAGUUCAGGUCCCAGUCCUCCAAGUCUGUGCAUCUGAUCUCAUCGAGGCGGUACUACUUUGAGAUMCUUCACAAGCAGGAUGACAAGGGUUCAGAUCACGUGGAGGUUGGGUGGCGUCCGUUCCUCCCUGGUUUGAAAUAUGAGGUGAUAGACUCGGCCUACAUCUCCUUAUACACAGAUGAGUCUAGUCUUAAGAUGAACACUGUGGACCACAUCCCCCAGACCCUGGCCAGUCACAUCCGUCUCUCUGGAGCGUCUUGGCCUCAGGGGCCAGAGGGAGGCGCCRUCAUGCAACACGGAGCCGACAUGUUGAGGCCGGAUCCCAGGGACACCUUCUAUAGCACCCCGAUGAUUGACUCCUUCCGCUUGGAGAACGUUCUCCCGGCYUGUCUUUACUCACCGACCUACGUAGUCAAAGACUUCCCCAUCGCCAGAUACCAGGGCCUGCAGUUUGUCUACUUAUCGUUCGUCUACCCUAACGACUUCACACGUCUCACCCACAUGGAACGGGAAAAUAAAUGUUUCUACAGAGAGUCCCCCAUCUACUUGGAAAAGUUUGGUUUCUACAAAUACAUGAAGAUGGAUGAGGAAGAGGACGACAGAUCGUUCUUUUUCCCCAACCCAGAUGAUUUCCUUGAGGAAGAGGAGGUGGUGGAUGCAGAGGACGAGGCAGAGAUUGUUGGCACACAGGYGCCCAGAAAACCCUCUCAUCCGAGUCAAACUAGUCAUACUUCAAACCCCUCUCAUCAGCACUCGCGAACCGGGCCUACUCCUGCUGACAGGGAGGAGGAAGAAGAAGAAAAGGACCCAAAGGAAGAAGAAGUAGUCAACGGGAUCGCACACCGAAGAAAAAGGAAACCGUUUCCACACAGAGACAGACACACGGGGAGGGGUCUGGACAGAGACUGGGGCAGAGAUCAUACCCAGGGGAGUACAAGACAAAAUACCAGGAAGGAACUUGACGAGGAUCAGCUCAGGGGUCUUCAGCCUGAUGCGGACGGCGUGGUCCGGGGUCGCUCCUUGUCCUGGAUGCACACCGGCCCGUCGGACCAAGACCCAAUCAAGAAGCCAAAAGGCGCCGGGGGCGGUGUUGAGAUACCACACAAACUUAGCAAGUCGUCACUUCUUUUCCCCCAAAAGUCCUCCCUGUCUGCCCUCGCCAGCCGAGCCAAGCAGAUCCUCAGCAACUCCGCCCACAGCAAGCAACCCCCUAAUAACAGCAACAAGCCUGCUGGCAACAAAAAGGAGAAGAGGGAGGAGAACAAGAUCUACAUCACCAGGCCCCGUCCUGCAAAGGAACGGGAAAGAGAGAGGGAGCAGCGACGAGAGAGGAGGGAAGAGAGGGCAGCUCACCGCCCGAGAGAGAUUUUCCCAGGAGUCUUUUUAUACCAAACUGGAAGGAGCACUAGACUGGUCAAUAGGGGUCACAAAGGACAUGGUGGAAGAGGUGUAACAGGGGUUAGGCACCUUAUUAGUGCCCCUCAGCUUUGGCCAAAUCCCCCCACAAAGGAAAGUAAAACAUUAGCCCACAAUGGAAACACCAACAUACAGAGUGAACCUGCACAGAGGUCGAACAAAGCAGCAGUGCCAAAACAAACAGAGAAAAGUAAAAGGAAAAGGGGUCCUCAGGACUUCAGGACUACUGUCAGGACUGACCUGCCCAUCAGCAGAGACCUCCUGAUCCCACGCUCCUAUCACCAAGACCCCCCUUCCACCCCAGCCACCCCACUCAAGUUCAACUCCACAGAAAACACGAUCCAGGGUCAGUUACGGGUCACGUCUUACCUCAGGACCUCAGUGAUUACAGAGUCCCAGCAGCAGCCAGAACCAGAGCUCAACCCUGCCGACAUAGACCAAGAGACAAACCACUCUAAUCCUGACCCCGACCCGGAUCAGGAGCCAGAACCAGAGGAGGGGGAAUUGUCCGACUACAGCUACGAGGAGGUCGAGGUUCGGCCGGGGUGGGCGGAGGAGAGCAUUAACUGGCAGAGGACGUUCUCAGUGAACCCRAUGGACUUUGAGCUGCUGCGCUCGGACUGGAACGACCUGCGCUGCAACGUGUCCGGCAACCUGCAGCUGGCAGAGAGCGAAGUGGUGGAUGUGCUGGCGCAGUACAUGGAGAAACUGAACGAACGCAACGGAGGGAUCUACACUCUGCUGCGAAUCAUCAACGUCGAGAAGAGGCGGGACUCGGCCAGAGGGAACCGCUACCUGGUGGAGCUGGAGCUGAUGGAGCGGGGUCGCAGCGUGGUCCGUCUUUCCGAAUACAUUUACCUGCUGCUUCACCGCGGCCGGCAGGGUGAAGAAAGUCUAGAAAACACCGACUCAGCCCCGGCAUCGGCGCCGGCUCCUCCCCUCUCCGCGGCCACGGCCGGCUUAACCACCCAACAGCCUCCGUCGCCUUCCACCAGGUCCUCGGCGCGUUCGGUAGCGACACCGUGGAGCACGAUCUACGCGAAGCCCCUCCUCUGUCAUCCGGUCAUGCUACAGUGGAGGAGAGAUGUCAUGGUGCACUUUGUGGUGCCGGUGAAGAACCAGGCUCGCUGGGUGCAGCAGUUUAUCUCCGACAUGGAGAACCUUCACCAGCAGACAAAAGAUGACAACUUCAGCAUCAUCAUUGUCGACUUUGAGAGUGAAGACAUGGACGUGGAGCAGGCUCUUAAGGAGAGCACAGUGCCCCGAUACGAGUAUCUCAGGAGGGAGGGGAACUUUGAGCGCUCGGCAGGACUGCAGAUUGGAGUGGACACCAUUGAGGACAAUCACAGUAUUGUGUUUCUGUGUGAUCUGCACAUCCACUUCCCGCUUAACAUUUUGGAAAGCAUCAGGAAGCACUGCGUGGAGGGACGCCUCGCGUUUGCUCCCAUCGUCAUGAGGCUCAGCUGUGGCAGUUCACCACUGGAGCCUGAUGGUUACUGGGAAGUAAAUGGCUUUGGUCUGUUUGGAAUUUAUAAGUCUGAUUUUGACAAGAUUGGAGGAAUGAACACAGAGGAAUUCAAAGACCGCUGGGGUGGAGAGGACUGGGAGCUGCUGGAUAGGGUUUUGCAGAAUGGCUUAGAAGUUGAAAGAUUGCGCUUGAGGAACUUCUUUCACUACUACCACUCCAAAAGAGGCAUGUGGAACGCUCAGAACAAAAAAACUCCAAAAGGAUAGCACUUCUUUUUGGUCCAAGGGUCCUAAAUGGAUCUGCAGCUUCACUGUGUGCGGGAGAGACCAGUAGGAGCUCACUCACUGCCUGAACUCUGUCUUUUCUAAACAGGCACCUGUCAGGGACUCCUCUGUUUUGCUGUCAGGCCCUGCUGUUUGUUUGUCUGUGCGACGGAACUGWGUCCGAAUCAGAAAUUUGUGGAGGGGGGGCUGUUUCCACAGACAGACCUGAGUCGUCCCUUUGCCUCAGUGACUGAACGACUGCACAGGAAGAAGAGAGUUGUUUUUGUUCUCCUUCUCUCUGUCUGUUUUUGGUGCAAUUGUUUUCAGACAGAAUGGAAAGCAGCUGUUUUAUGUGCAUAUGCACAUUUGUAUGUGUGCGUAUGUCUAUAUAUAUAUAUAUAUAAGUAUGUAUGUGAGCGUGUAUGUGCUAAUGAUGAGAGGAAGCACCUUUUUUUCUAACAAGACAAUGUAAAAAUGACCUAAGAUCUUUUUCUAACAUGCUCUUGCAGAAGAGUAAUAGAAUGUGCAUCGGCAUGUUAUUCAGAUACAUUCAGUUACAGCUCGAAACAGGAGCUGUGUUUGGAAAAGCAGCGUUUUCAAAAACACCAACUUCCUGUUGGACACCCUUAAUCAGAAUGAGUGAGGUGCUGAUUAUCUCCGUAAAAACAUAAGAACUUAUUUUUAAUUGGACUUCGUCUUUUUCCAGAGAAAAAGGAUCAACGUAAAUAUUUUUUAAAUAUUUGUUUCUGUCCUAUUUUUUCACCUUUUGCAUCUCAUUCUGCCUUUCUCAAACGAUUUUGAUGUAACACUGUUUUCAAAUCUCUUGAAAGAUUGUUUACAUUGUAUUUUCAAACACAUUAUUUGUUAGCUAGUAUUUAAGGAUUUAUUUUUGUUAAUUAAAUCAAACUGAGUUCAUGCUGCUGUUUUUAAAGAAAUCUUUAAUUUAUCCUAUUUUAAAGAUCGUGCAGUAAAAAGGGGAGGGGGGGUGGCUUUUAUUUUUGUUCAAAAACAAAAUUUGUGAACAUCUUAAAACUACUGAAGGCUUCUCAUUUCCCUUUUUAUCUCUAACCUCACCUUCCACUGGAACAUUUAGAAGUGGAGAAAAAAAACGUUCAAAUUUUGGUUUAAUUCUCGGUGAACAGAGUGUUUCAUGGCUGUUUAAAGAUCUACAGAAAAAAAAGAGACCAGUACACAAUGUGGUGAUGCUCAGUUGUUUCCUAAAUGUGUGCCUUUAUCCUGGUUUUGGCUUCAGGCAGUUUGUAAUCUACUCUAAAGGAGGGCAGGGACAGACAGAAAAACAAUGUUUUUUAUGAACAAGGUGUAAUGUCACUGUAAGUUUAAAUACACUGUAAAAUGAGGAAUACUUUGUUCUCUUUAUCGACUUAUAGACAUGUCAGUGUGUGUCUCGUAUCAUGGUGAAAUGAAAAAGAACAGGUUUACAUGGUAAUGACUACUGAGAGGGAGCAGAAGGUGUGAUGAAGAUUCAGGAGCAGCUGCAGUCCGGCAGGAUCUCCCACCUGCUCCGUUAUGUUGGCUGAAAGCCCGACUCUAAUGCUUCUGUUUUUGUAACACGUUUCCUGUUYCAUGAGUAGCAGCUUUUCUUCUUUUCUUCCUUUUCUUUGGUGGGGUAGAAGGGGCAGGAUAUAUAUAUAAAUAUAUGAUGAGAGCUAAAGAUCUUUUAUUGACUAUUUGAUUGUCAAAAAUUUCUCCAAGCUUGUUUUUUUUUCUUUUACAGAUAAAAAUGUCUAUACUGUACAUUAUUUAACAGUGACAUGGGACUAUUUAAUGAAACACGAUAAAUACAAGACUCUAAACAUAAUAGAAUUAAAAAUGAAAAUAGAAAAAUACAUUUCAAGGUAAUUUCUGUGAAAUUGUUUUGUAGAAGAACGGUUUUAAGAAUAUAUUGUACUUUUAUUUUGAUUUGUCAUUUUUUGCAAAUAAAAUUUUAUUCUUAGGUCUG